AGGGCGGGAUUUCCGGCGGCGCGCGAGGUCACGGGGCGCCUUGGCCGGGAUCGUCCUUCCAUCCGCACGUGUCUGUCGCCCGCGCGAUGCUGCCCCUGCUGCGCUGCGUCCCCCGAGCCCUGGGCGCCGCGGUCACCGGGUUCCGCGCCGCCGCGCCCGCCCCGGCGCUCAGGCAACUGCUGCAGCCUGCGCCCCGGCUGUGCCUCCGGCCCUUCGGGUUGCUGUGCGUGCGCGCUGGCCGGUCCGGCCUCCUCCGGCCCCCGGCGCCGUGCGCGUGCGGCUGCGGGGCGCUGCACACCGAAGGAGACAAAGCUUUUGUUGAAUUUCUGACCGAUGAAAUCAAGGAAGAAAAGAAGAUCCAGAAGCAUAAGUCCCUUCCCAAGAUGUCUGGAGAUUGGGAGCUGGAAGUGAAUGGGACAGAGGCUAAAUUAGUGCGGAAAGUUGCUGGUGAAAAGAUUACUGUCACUUUCAACAUUAACAAUAGCAUCCCGCCAACAUUUGAUGGUGAGGAGGAGCCCUCACAAGGACAGAAGGUUGAGGAACAAGAGCCGGAACUGACAUCAACUCCCAAUUUUGUGGUUGAAGUUACAAAGAGUGAUGGCAAGAAGGCCCUUGUCUUGGACUGUCACUAUCCAGAGGAUGAGAUUGGACAAGAAGAAGAGGCCGAGAGUGACAUUUUCUCUAUCAAGGAAGUUAGCUUUCAGGCCACUGGUGACUCUGAAUGGAAGGAUACAAACUACACACUCAAUACAGAUUCCCUGGACUGGGCCUUGUAUGACCACCUAAUGGAUUUCCUUGCGGACCGAGGGGUGGACAACACUUUCGCAGAUGAGUUGGUGGAGCUCAGUACUGCCCUGGAGCACCAAGAAUAUAUUGCUUUUCUUGAGGACCUCAAAAGUUUUGUCAAGAGCCAGUAGAAAUGUGAGAGACACUGAAGGCCUUAAUUUUAAGGGUGAGCUUUGGCCAGUGAACAAAAGCUACCCUGACGUCAGACAAGUGUUAUAAAGUGGUUGUCAUCCUAAUAUCAUGGGGAAAAAAGCAAGUUUAAACUAUUGCUGUUAUGUUCCCAUUUAUCAUUCAUUUGGUUCUUUUCCUGUACAAAUCAUUAUUUGUAUAGAUUUUUGUAUAACAUAAUUAUGGACAAUAAAAUUGGUUAUUGCCUCCCUCCAA